AGAAAACGCAAGUUUCAAGAGGCAGCUGUCGUCUACAUGAAUGCUGGACUACAUAAAGAGGCGAUAGAAGAAUAUAGACUUGGUUUAGGCUGGAGAGAGGUCAUAAGGCUUAUGACUGUAUUGAAGUAUGAUGAAUCUGUCAAGCGAGAUGUGUUGGGGAAGAUUGCGGAUGACCUGGUAAAAGAGAAAAGGGUAGAGGAAGCUGUGAUAGUGUUGGAAUCCCAUAAUAAAGAUUAUAAGAAGACGAUCAAGACUUUGAUGGACUUCAAGUCCUUCAGGCACGCCAUAUGCCUAGCAGUAUCACUGGGUCUUGAUUUAGAACUGCCUACUAUUGCCGACGGUUUGAGCAAAUAUCUAGGCGACCUAAAACUGUUGUCGUUCAAGGAUCAGUUUGAACGGUACAGAAGGCGUCUGAAGAUCGCAAGAAAGGAACAGAUGAACAGGAAUCGAGUUAAGGUGAAAAAUCCUCAAAAAUUGACCCAAGAUGAAUUAGCGGCUAUAGCCCAAGUUAUAUGUGAUACGGAUACCGAGGAAGAAGUUGGAGGAGAAGAGAUUCUGAUGGAAGUGAACAAGUAG